UUGAGGCGACGAUGCCAAAGUGGCCAGCACACGGGACUAGUCGAGACCUCAGACUGUUACUGAGGUCAAAUCGUUUUUGGGGAUGACGGACUACUAUCGUCCGUUUGUUAAGAACUAUAGGACUAUAGCUGCCCUAUUAACAGAUCUAACUCGACUCGACACCCCUUGGGAGUGGAGUGAAGAGUGUGAAGCGGCCUUCAAGAAAUUGAAGUAUGCGCUGACGCACUACGAAGUCCUCAAACUUCCAGCUCCUGAUAAGCCCUUUGUCGUGACCACAGACGCCAGCCAAUAUGGCAUAUGCGCAGUCCUUGCGCAAAAGGAGGGGCCAAAGUUGAGACCGAUCGAGUAUACGAGUAAAAAGAUGCCAUCUCAGAAACUAGCCAGGUCUACUUAUGAGCGUGAGCUCUAUGCCCUGUACCGACCGUUGGUCCACUGGAGACACUAUCUGCUUGGCAGAUUUUUCUAUGUAAGAUCUGACCAUGAGACCUUGCGCUGGAUCAAAACACAGCCGGUACUCUCAGACGCACUCAAGAGAUGGAUACAAGUGAUAGACAUGUAUGACUAUCAACUUGAUCCUAUCAAGGGAGAGUACAACAAAGUGGCUGAUGCGCUAUCGCCGGCCGAGUCUAUGAGUUCCGGCUUGGCAAUCGGCAACGAGAAAUUGACGGUCCAAAAUGCGAGCGAGGCGAAUCCUGGGCUCCCACCAUCGUCGCUGAUGGCGCUUCAGCGUCAGAAUCCGGACUUCCCCGGAGUUCUUGUGACGGAGUAUGAUAGCACAUUUCGAAACCAGUACUAUCAGGGGCACCUUGACGAUUCAGGGAACGUCGAUGAGGAGGCGAUCUCCCAGGCAGCUACUCUCAUUGCUCGUGCUCUCUUUCUUCUUGCUGGUGGUGGACCAACUGCUGAUCAUAUCAAUGCCAACUCUUCGCUUAUCUCCAGCUUGGCCAGCUGUCUACUGACAUGGUCCCCAGGGUUGUCAUGCCCGCUUGCACAAGCAUUGAUGACUCCCCGACAGGCGUUUGCUAAUCACUAUGCCGGUGUCAUUGCCUACCCUUACCCAACUCCGCAUCCGGCGAACAUCGAUGAUACAGCCCGACUAGUAUGGAACUUUAUGGCCUCGCGUACGGACCUGGAGGCGCUCAAGACGAGGGAAGUCGGUCCGGGUAGUCUUGACAAUGACUCUACCCCAAUAAGGUGCUCGUUGAACUGCUCCGUCAAGCCAGGGCAGGUGUGCGUCGGUUCUCGAGCAAACGAGAAGGGCGUUUGCAUGACGUCCACAACAACUUACGUUCCUGCCUACUCAACGAGGCUGAGUGUCGAUAAGUAUGGGGUAUGGAGUGUGUUGCCCAUCCAAGGGGACAGUCCGGUUCUCGACCUUGUUGACCCUGUCUUUACGGAAAGUUACUGGCGCACACUCACGGUACGCGCAUUCAAACAAGAUAGCGCGUCGUUCGAGUCGGGAAUGCUCACGCUGGGUUCACUAAUGACCGCCUCCUCACUUGCAGUGGCAUUCGGUACUCGGUUGUUGUUUGCCAAGCGUUUGAAAAAUCUUUGAUCUGCUUCCGAGUUUCUACCCUGUCAAGUCCAAUUCCAUGAUUCGACCAAAAGAAUUUCCCGAUUUGACCAGCGCCUUUGUGAGAUAAUUGCUCCGGCGGACCUGUACCAUACCUCAUCUACCCUACAUUCAUCCCACCCUUCCACACCGUAAUUUCUGUUAGACCUUAACCUCCUCCCCACCGUGGCCCCAACCCCCCAAGCUCUAGAAGGACAGCAGCAGUGAGGUCUUGCGAUCAUUCUCUCUCCCAGCCUUUCUCAGCUGGUCCCCAGCUUGCCCUUGAAAUCGCUCCCCCCUGGUCACGUACCUGCCUCUUAGUCUUCCCCUCUUGGCCCCCAGCUUCCCAUCCCUUCUUUCCCUCCUGGUUCCCACCCUGCCUCCCAGUUGUCCCGAAAUUGCCUCCCGGUCUUCCCCUCCUGCUCCCCAGCCUCCUGUGCCUGCCUCCCAGUCUUUGCCUCCUGCUUCCCAGUCUGCAUCUCAGCACAUCCCGCCUGGUCCCCAGCCUGUGGUCCCGAUAUUGCCUUUUCCUUCUGGUUUCCAGCCUUCAUCUCAGUCUCUUUCCCACCUGGUCGUGAACCUGCUGCCCAGUCUUUUCCAUCUGGUCCCGAGCCUGCCUCCCAGUAUUUCCCUCCCAGCUCCCUGCCUGCAUCUCAGUCUUUCCCUUCUGGUCCUUGGUCUCGCAAGCCUGCCUCCCAGUCCCUCCCUCCUGGUGCCAGCCGGCCUCGCAGUCUUUCCGACCUGGUCUCCAGCCUGCUUCCCAGUCUUUCCCACCUAGUCCCGAGCCUGCAGAAGGGUUCUUUGCCUGCCUUUCUCCAGGGAAAAGAGGAGCAGUGGUUGAAGGUUUUUGGAUGCUCGUUUACUCCCACUGGGUUUGAACUCUCAACUUAUUGAUUGAACAGUUAUGGGCCAAGCAUGUACAGGUGUGGUGUACGUUGAAGCCCAGCUGAAGAAGCAGUGUACAUCUUGAGCAUCAGCACGGACCUUCCCAUCCUUGUCAGCAGACGGUUAGUUCCUUUUCGGGAUUUGUAAAGGAGACCUUGGCUGCUGCAUACAGAUCCGAUAUCGUCGUUGUCCUUGUCUCUUCCUCGUAAGAGUCGUAACCAACCAUCUAGGACAUCAGCACUGACUUCUAAAGGAGACCUUGCCAUUGAUGUCAACUUUGAGGGGCCCAGCAUGCCCGGGUAGCCGGGGUUGGUCCCGAUAUUGCCUUUCUCCUUAUCAAAUGAUGAUUUGAUUGUUCGCAGAUUGUCGUUGUGGGAUGGAUGCAGAGAUCGUGCAUUUCAUUGAAACUUACGCGCAAUGCCUUUGC